UAUAAUAUCCAAAAAUGAAUGUAAUGCCGAUCAUUUGACCUUAUAUUCUUUGUCAUGAACUUUUUCUAACGCCCAAUGAGAACAGCUCGUGUCGUCACAGCUCAGGUCUAUAAAACUCCCCCGAUUCACUCACCUGGGUAGACAAACACCUCCCUAAUCUUCAGCUGAGAGCACACAACUUUGGUUAUUGUUAGUAUUUUUACAGUCUGUUAGUGGCCUCAUCGAGUAAUAUUUUUUUAAACCCACAACUGAUGAAAGACAACUUUUAUGAAUCUUGCAAAUUUUUCAUAUUUUACGGGCAUGUGCAACAUGACGGCAGAGUCGCAUCCCUCGCCAGCUGAGGCGACAGGUCCGUUGGAGAUGUCUCCAAACAUGAACCUGGACUCCGCAAUUCCUCCUACACCCCUCCACCACCAAACUCGACCAAAGGAUGGUGUUUUAGUCAAAUCUGAGCCAAGCGCAGAAAGAGAGGAUGAGGUUUCGGUGGGUCAAACCGAGGAACAUCUGCCCUCCACCGGGACCAGGCGACGAAAAAGGCCGGUGCAGCGAGGAAAACCACCUUACAGUUACAUCGCCCUAAUAGCAAUGGCCAUCGCCAAUUCACCCGAAAGAAAACUCACCCUGGGUGGCAUCUAUAAGUUUAUCAUGGAGCGUUUUCCGUUUUACCGCGAGAACUCUAAAAAGUGGCAAAACUCUAUACGGCACAAUCUCACCCUCAACGACUGCUUUGUAAAGAUUCCUCGAGAGCCCGGUAGGCCCGGUAAAGGAAACUACUGGACGCUCGACCCCGCCGCCGAGGACAUGUUUGAUAACGGGAGUUUUUUACGGAGAAGGAAAAGGUUCAAGCGGACCGAUGUGAGCACGUACCCUGGGUACAUGCAAAGCUCCAGCGCCUUUACAUCCACACCUAUGGGUAGACAGACGUACCCCAACACACUGUACCCCAGUAUGACGCCAAGCUACGGAUCUCAAUUGACAGGAUCUUCGCACCCAGCAAUGCUGCACCAUUAUCAGACGUCGGCGCAAGGUCAGAAUAGGAUGUUCAGCAUCGAUAAUAUUAUCAGUCAGCAGACAGUCAUGCAAAGCGCACCGGGAGACCUCAAUAUGCAGACUCUCGGCCUCAGUGCGGGAGACAUGGGUACCAUGUCCUCCAGCUGUUCCGUAUCUACCUCUGACCCCACAUGCUUUCAGACACAACCGAUAAAUCCCACAACCAACAUGCUAAGCAGGAACACUGGAUCGCUUGCCUCGAAUAUGACGACCAGCUACGCGUACCCAUCAUCAGCAUCACCUACCCACCUGUCCGGGGUCACGCAAUCCAGCUUCUCUCCGGGUGGUUCACAGGUGUUUUGUACAGGGAACAGAAUUGCGCUGCCGGCUGUGCGCUCUGGGUCGUGCGCCGAGCACACAGAACCUUUAUUGGGUCUCUCCGGAUCAAUGAACUCCUACAAUAAUUCAUAUAUGAGACAAGCAAAUUUUGCUCCUGGACUUGAACGAUACAUGUAAAGACCAAAACGCAUGCGCUGACAGCAAAUUCCAACUUUAGACUGUCCUGACUAACAAACUUUAUAUAUUGUUUAAGUUUACACCACACUGCUUUCGCUCAGGCUCCGUAAAUGAGUGUCAUAAUCUUGACAAAAUGUUAGUUUGCAGAAGUUGACUGAAUGUAGAAAAGAUAACACUAAGUUGAAUGUUUAUGUAGUCCUGUUUGUUAGCUAAAUAUAAAUUACAUUAAUGUUAUGUUACAACCUUUAAGGACCGUUUAAGGAACGAUAUUGUUCGAGGUAAAUUUAACCAAAUAAAUGUUUUCCGUGUUAUUAUUAU